AUGGGUUGUAUGUGUUUGACUUUCUGUUAUGUUCUUCCUCAGCAGACGAUGCUCAGUAGUCAUGGAAACAACAAAACAGUUCCAUCACAUGUCCCUAAAUCCGGAUUUUACACCAAGAUCAUUUUCUAUUCAUUGGCAGUGGUUAAUAAUAGAAGCAUUUGUGUGCCGGUGGCGCUAACACGGCCCGCGUGCCUCCGUCCACAGGGGAAGCCGUACUACUUCGACCGCGUGUUCCAGUCCAACACAACUCAGGUGCAGUUCUACAACGCUGUGGCCCAGAAGAUCGUCAGAGAUGUUCUGGAGGGGUACAACGGGACGAUAUUCGCCUACGGCCAGACCUCCUCUGGCAAAACACACACCAUGGAGGGGAAACUCCAUGACCCAGAUAUGAUGGGCAUCAUUCCCAGGAUUGUUCAAGACAUCUUCAACUACAUUUACUCCAUGGACGAGAACCUGGAGUUUCACAUCAAAGUUUCAUACUUUGAAAUCUACUUGGAUAAAAUCAGGGACCUGUUAGACGUAUCGAAGACCAACCUUUCGGUGCACGAGGAUAAAAACAGGGUGCCGUACGUCAAGGGCUGUACCGAGCGCUUCGUCUGCAGCCCCGACGAGGUCAUGGACGCCAUCGACGAGGGCAAAAACAACAGACACGUGGCCGUCACAAACAUGAAUGAGCACAGUUCCCGGAGCCACAGCAUCUUCCUCAUUAACAUCAAGCAGGAAAACACCCAGACUGAACAGAAGCUCACUGGGAAACUCUACCUCGUGGAUCUGGCUGGAAGUGAAAAGGUGGGUAAAACCGGCGCCGAGGGCACGGUGCUGGACGAGGCCAAGAUGAUCAACAAGUCCCUGUCGUCGCUGGGAAACGUGAUCUCGGCCCUGGCAGAGGGUUCGGCCUACGUCCCGUACAGAGACAGCAAGAUGACCCGCAUCCUGCAGGACUCCCUGGGAGGGAACUGUCGCACCACCAUGGUCAUCUGCUGCUCGCCGUCCUCCUUCAACGACGCCGAGACCAGGUCCACGCUGCUGUUUGGCCAGAGGGCGAAGACCAUCAAGAACACGGUGAGUCUGAACGUGGAGCUGACGGCGGAGCAGUGGAAGAUCAAGUGGGAGAAGGAGAAGGAGAGGAACAAGACGCUGAGGAGCACCGUGACCUGGCUGGAGAACGAGCUCAGCCGCUGGAGGAAAGGAGAGAGUGUCCCGGUGGAGGAGCAGUUUGACAAGGAGAAGGCCAAAGCAGAGGUCCAGGCCCUGGAAAGCGCCCUGAACAACGAUAAGGUAGCGGCCACGGCCGGUGUCGGCACGACGGCUGGAGUCAAACUCACAGACGCUGAGAAGCAGAAGUAUGAGUCUGAAAUGACCAAACUCUACAAGGAACUGGACGACAAGGACGAGGAGAUCAACCAGCAGUCUCAGCUGGCGGAGAAGCUGAAGCAGCAGAUGUUGGACCAGGAAGAGCUGUUGACGUCGUCGCGCCGUGACCACGACACGCUGCAGACAGAGCUGAACCGGCUGCUGGCGGAGAAUGAAGCGUCCAAGGAGGAGGUGAAGGAGGUGCUGCAGGCGCUGGAGGAGCUGGCCGUCAACUACGACCAGAAGAGUCAAGAGGUGGAGGACAAGGCCAAAGAGUUCGAGGCGCUCAGCGAGGAGCUCAACGAGAAGUCGAGCUCCUUGGCCUCCAUUGACUCUGAACUGCAGAAGCUGAAGGAGAUGACCAACCACCAGAGGAAGAGGGUCACUGAGAUGAUGUCAUCACUGCUUAAAGACCUGGCAGAGAUCGGCGUUGCCUUGGGAAGCAGCGACAUUAAGCAACAGGAGAGCACAGGGCUCAUCGAUGAAGAGUUCACCGUGGCCCGUCUCUACAUCAGCAAGAUGAAGUCCGAGGUGAAGACGAUGGUGAAGCGCAGCAAACAGCUGGAGAGCACGCAGUCUGAGAACCUCCAGAGGACGGGGGCGAUGGAGAGCGAGCUGACGGCCUGCCAGCUCCGCAUCUCCCAGCAUGAGGCUAAAAUCAAGUCCCUGACGGACUGCGUCCAGAACGCGGAGCAGAAGAAACGGCAGCUGGAGGAAACCGUGGACUCCCUGAAUGAGGAAAUAGUCCGAAUCAGAGCCCAAGAGAAAGUUAAUGCCAUGGAGAAAGAGAAUGAGAUCCAGUCUGCUAAUGAAGUGAAGGAUGCUGUGGAGAAGCAGAUCCAGUCUCACAGAGAGGUCCAUCAGAGGCAGAUCAGCAGCCUGAGGGAUGAGCUGGAAAGCAAAGAGAAGCUGAUCACUGAGCUGCAGGAUCAGAACCAAGAGAUCGUGUUGGAGCAGGAGCGGCUGAGGGUGGAGCACGAGAAGCUGAAAGCCGCCGAGCAGGAGAAGAGCCGCCAGCUGCAGGAGCUCACGGUGCUGCAGGACAGACGCGAGCAAGCCAAGCAGGACCUCAAGGGACUGGAGGAGACUGUGGCUCGGGAGCUGCAGACUCUCCACAACCUGAGGAGGCUUUUCGUCCAGGACUUGGCCUCGCGAGUCAAAAAGAAUGGCCGGACGGACGGCGAGGAGGGCAGCACGGCCCAGAAGCAGAAGAUCAGCUUCCUGGAGAACAACCUGGAGCAGCUGACCAAGGUCCACAAGCAGCUGGUGCGGGACAACGCGGACCUUCGCUGCGAGAUCCCUAAGCUGGAGAAGCGGCUGCGGGCCACCGCCGAGCGGGUCAUAGGCCUGGAGGCCGCGCUGAAGGAGGCCAAGGAGAGCGCGGCGCGCGAGCGCAACCGCUACCAGCAGGAGGUGGAGCGCAUGAAGGACGCGGUCAGGCCCAAAAACAUGGGCCGGAGAGCCUCGGCACAGAUCGCUAAGCCCAUCAGACCAGGCCAGCUGCCCGGCGCCCCUCUGAUCCCCGGCAUCAACAGGUCCAACCUGCAGAAUAACUCAACUCCUGAAGUCAACGGAGAAGACGACAACAGCUGCUGAGGAUGCGGAUUCGCGGCUGAAGCUGAGGCCGAGCCCGAACCACUGCAUCACUGGAUAUAGUUUAUAUAAAUGUGCUCCACUUACACUUACACCAUGUCAGACUCGUAGUGAAGUGAGAGUCCUGUUUGCACCAGAACAUACUGUGUGUAUGAGUAUGUACAUGUCACAGAAAGACAGACAGACCUUCUCCUGCGCUUUGAGGUAUUGUUUCAAAAUUGCACUGAAUAUUAGAGAACAUGUUUAACAGUUUAGCUUUGUUCUCAAACAAUCACAAGAAUAACAAAGUUCCCCAUUUGCCACCUUGUGUGUGACUCAAAUACAGAGGGUUAAAUUCCCCAAGGUGAUCAGUAAAGUAUCUGUAUCUAUCUAAUCCUCAGGAAGAAUUACUGACAGACAUUGUGGACCUGUUGGCUCUUUUUUUCCCUCUUCACCUUUUGCCAUCAUUUGUAAUUACUGUAGCUGUAAUAGCUCUUAUAGGCCUGAGCUGCCUUGAUUGUGCCAAUAACCAAUCUAGCGACUUCAAUAAAAACAUAUUGUGCA